UGUGAUGUGACUGCGAGAUGUGUUCAUCUGAUUUGAAUGAGACGAGAAGGGUCUUCUUUGGGGUAGCAAGAACUAUCUGGUGUUUGAUUUUCAUCUUGGUUUGAUAUGUAGCCCCGAGUUAUGGGUGUGUUGAAGGAUCUUUUUGUGUGGUCUAGUUGUGGAAUGAAGUAAACUCCACGUCGUGGGGUAAGUUCAGAUUUAGGAAGGGUAAGUGAUCGAGUAAUAAUAUGAUUAUGGGGGAGUAUGAAGAGAUGUUAGUUUGAGGAAAAGCAUGUGAGUUAUCUCCUGCGGAGUGUUCUGAAGUUUGUGUGAUCCUUUUUGCUGCACCCAAAGAACAAAAUUAAGGAUUGUGUUACAUGGAAUAUUGAUUGCAUCCUAUAUGGCAUCACUUGUUUUCUGUUGAAUUGGCAAUGUAACAGAUGCCAUAACUGAGAUGCUAUAAGGCAGUGGAGGAAAAGGUGGUCUGUAUCUUCUGCAUCAUUGACGUAAUUGGCUUGUGUGAUGCAUCAUUACUCACAGCAGUCCAAAGUCCAAACGAAACAGAUCAGUUUAAGGGGGCGCUGUGCUCGUCCAAAUUAGCUCAUAUUUCUGGUGAAGAUUCUGCAGAUAGGAGGAACUUAUGGCAUGACUCACGUUAAGAGUUUUUAUCUUUUUCCUUCUAUGCCACGUCUGUAUGAUGAUUAAUGGAACGUGUAGUUUGAAACAGAUCAAUUAGGAUGGUGGGAGACACGGUGGUAACAGGUAGUGAUGAUUGGACGGCACGAAUCUGGUCUGUUUCUAGCGGACAAUGUGAUGCAGUGCCAGUGUGCCAUGCUGGUCCAAUUCUAUGUGUGGAGCAUUCUUCAUCGGACAAAGGGAUAAUAACAGGCCAUGACCAGUAAAUAAAGCAGUAUUCUGUUUGCGAAUUUUCUUUUAUUUUCUCAGGGUAUUUUUAUUUUUCAUCAGUGUUGUUGAUUGUAAAAUCUUGAAUGCUAUGUUUUACAUUACAAAAAUGUUCUCAGGUUCAAGUGAUGAUCUCCUGGGGUUUUGGGAAAAUGAUGAUGGUGGCAUAAGGUGCAUUAAGAAGGUUACUAUCCAUACUGCUUCAAUAUUGUCCAUUGAUGCUGGGGAACACUGGUUAGGAGUAGGGGCAGCCGACUUUCACCGUCCUCAAGAGAGACUAGGUGGCUUCUCCAGUGCUGGUUCAAAGAUGGCUGGAUUGCAGCUCUACAGAACACCUCAGAAAACAGCUGCAAUGCUUUAUUCCAGGUAAAGAAGUCCAAUAUAUUCAAUCCUCCUGCAACUUUAGGCAUGCAUACAGUGUUCCAGGCUACUAGAGCUCUUCUUGAGGAUUCAUUGCUACCAGUCCACAGGAAAUUUCUGGAAACAUUUGUCACCAUAUUCAAGAUCUUCUUAGGCAAUUGGAACACCUGGGCCCAAUAUGUCCGCAUCACAAACAGUACACUUUUUAUGAGCUGUACUCUUCCACUGUAGGAUAGAAACUUGGUGGUCCAGCAUUUAACAAUUGUAAUUAUCUUUUCAACUAAAGGAAGGCAUUGAUGGAUAGUAAGUUUCCUUGAAGACAAUGGAAUCCCCAGGUAUUUGAAUGGCAUCUCUCCCAUAGACAGGGGUGGAUUUAUAGGUUUAAUAAUGGGGCACGUGAACCCUUGGUCUCUCUGUAAAAUUAGAUAUUUUAUGUACAUAUUUAAUAAAAUUGAUAUAAUAUUAACUUUUGGCACCCAUGCUCCAAGAAGGCUGAAUGGUGCACUUGGUUGAAGGUUGAGUUAUUUACCAAGAGGUUUAGGGAUCAAUUCCCACUAGAUACUUCUUUUUCUCCAUUUUUUAGUAGUGUACCCAUGUACUAGAAAUCCUAGAUCCGCCUCUGCCCAUAGAGAAGUGCAUGUCUUGCAUUAAAUGCUUGCAUCAUUAGGGAAAUAGAAAUCUUAUCAGCCCUACAACACAUUAAUAGGUCAUUAGUCAAGCAAAUGUGUGCUAAUCCCCUGUUUGCACACGUGGGGUGAUAAUUGAAAUUAGGAUUGUGUCUGAGUUGCUUCAAGGACCUAUUUAGAUAUUCCAUAGCCAAGAUAAAUAUAUAUGGGGACAUGGGGUCCCCUUGUCUCAACCCCUCUUAGCAUGAAAUGUUGGAGUUAAUCCACUAUUCAACUUUAGUGAGCGGCUGACUGUAGAUACACAAGUCAUGAUCAGAUUUGUCAUCUUUUGAGCAAUUCCAAAUUCCAGUAGAACCAGUGUCAGGAAGUCCCAAUCCAGAGAAUCAUAUGCCUGUAUGAAAUCCACCUUCACUAGACAUAGGUGACACCCUUUUUUUGCAUAUCCUUUGACAAGCUCAUGAGCAAUAAUCACAUUGUCCAGGAAAUUCCUACCUUCAAUGAAUGCAGACUGGGAUGGCCCUACCAAAUAAUCAACCAGUCUUUAGUUUGGCAGUUAACAACUUUGCAAUUAUCUUGUAGACAGAGGUACAACAUGCUAUUGGUCUAAAAUCUUUAGCAUAAGUGGGAUUAGAGACUUCAGGCACCAAAGUGAUUGUGGUACAAUUGACCUCUCUCAGCAGUUUACCAUUAUCAAAAAUUGUAAUAUGGCAUUAACAA